UCAGAAAAAGCUGCAAAUCUGCCUGGAGUUGCAAGGAAGUCAGCCUUCAGCACUGAAAGGAUAGGGCAUAUCUCUGCUGUCUCAAAGAGAGGAAGGUCUGAGCCCUUCUCAGCCCCAGAAUUUUACUUUCGUACUUCAUGGUGCACCAUGAAAAUUCCUCUGGGGAAGCCUACAAUGUUCCUCUGGAUGCUGGGCAUCACUUUUGCCACAGCCCUUAAAGGUAUUCCUUCCCCCAUAAAGAUGGUGGCAUCUGGUCCCAAGGAGGGGAAGGUCUCUGGAUCAUUCUCACUCAUCUGUACUGUAGUGGGAGCACCUCUGGAUAGCCCUCAGUAUGACUGGAAUUGUGUCCGUCAGGGCCCAGGAGGGGACCUGCAAUUUCUAGGCUGGAUCUAUCCUUUUGGGAAUAACACAGGCUACGCCCCACCCUUCCAAGGCCGAGUCACCAUCUCUGCAGAUAAAGACAAGAACAAGGUCUACCUGCAGCUGCAUGCCCUUACAGCCUUAGACACAGCCACCUAUUUCUGUGCCAGGCAGCACACAGUGAUGCCAAUGGAGAGAGAGGCAGCACAAAAACGGGGAGGACUGCUGUGGUCACAGGGUCCUUUCUUGAAAUGGCAGUUGCCUGUACUUGCUCUGGAAAUAUCAGUUAGGUUUGUGUCAUACACUGUUCCCAGAUUGUUAUCUGCAGCGAGAUGGAUUCUCACUUUCAUGGCAGUCCAUGUAUGGAUCCUUUGGAUAAACUGCUGGCAUUUUAUUCCCUGGUUUUACACACCUUUAGAGUGUGGUGAGGAAAGUGGGUUUAUUUGGCUAUGUACAAACAGUGUGGCAACAGACAAGCUCGUAUUUGGAACUGGGAUCGCUUUUUCAGUUGAGCCAAAGAGUCAGGAAGAAUCUGCCCCAGAAGUCAUUGAGCUUAAAUCAAAGGAACCCAAACAACAUGACAACAAACUGAAUAUGGCUUGUUUGGCAAGGACUUUCUACCCUAAGAACAUCAGCCUUGAUGUGCCCAAGAGUGACACUGUAUAUGACUUGAAGGCACCUCUUGUCACAUCUGAGGGGAUGUAUAGUACCAUGAAGGUAGUUGAAGUGGAACCAGAUGCAGUGGUCACCUGCCAGGCUAUGCACAAGGGGAACAAGACUACUGCCAGCAUAAUUCUGCCAGAAGAGAAAACUGAAGAAUUUGAAAGAGUUAAUGCUUGCAACAUUACAGAUGCCUCUACAAAAGAUGUGAAAAUGGAGAAAGUGAAUAUGCUUUUCAUGGCUGUUUUGGGUUUGAGAGUCCUGCUGGCAAAAAGCAUCGCCUUCAAUACAAUCAUGAGUAUCAAGCUGUUCCUCUUCUGAAGUAGAAACACAUCAUUCAGUCCCUGGGAACAAAGGAGGCAAGUGCAAGGAGUGACCAGUUUGUUUUGCAUCCUUCUGUAACCCUAAAAGGAGUGACACCAGUUCAUCUGUCCUGUUUCCACUGGAUAAAUUAAUGUAACCCCCAAAUUGCACCUCAUACCCAAAUUGCCUUUGCAUCAGGGUAGUC